AUGGCUGAUAAUGCAAGUUUCUAUAUCAUUGGAUUUCAGAAUUUUCCUUCCAUUAGUUUCUAUUUCAUCUUUCUCGCAUUUGUUUAUGCGGUUACAGUGCUGUUUAACAGUGUGGUGAUCUGUGUCAUUGCCUUUAAUCAUUGUUUACACACGCCAAAAUUUCUGGCUGUUCUCAACCUUGCAGUGAUUGAUGUAAUACUAAACACAUGUACUAUUCCCAGCAUGAUAAAGGUAUUCCUUGUUAAGGAUAACUUUAUUCCGUUCAACCUAUGUUUGGUACAAAUGUUUAUCUACUAUGCUUUUGCGACUUUGGAAGCCAUCAACCCAGACCAGCGUGUGCUCAGCCUGUCGCUGGCCUCUUGCAUCCCACCCUGCAUCAAUCCUAUUGUGUAUUCUUUAAAAACCAAAGAGAUCAAAAUCAGACUGCUGAAAAUCGUAAAAAACUUCACUUGUAUAACACUGUCCUCAAAUCUGUUCAAACUGGCACUUCUAAUCCUUGCUGAACACGUUUUACAAACAGCGAUGCCCUUGUCAUCCAAUGCCACCGAGAAGAACAUCCAUACUGGUGAGGACAUGCGAGCUCCUGUGUCCAGUCAGGUCAGUCAGGUAUGCAUACUUCGCACGCGGUAG